AUGCUUUCUGCUAGCAAAAAAAAAUCCCCAGGCUUGGAACCUCAAGCUGAAAGGCAUGUUUUCGACAGCAGCUCAGGACCAAUCGUGAGCCAGGAGGCGUGUGAGGACCCCAAUGGAGACCGAAAGACGAAAUGCCAAUGGGACGAGGAGCAAUUGAAGUGCUUGCCGACGGCCCCGGCGACCAGCAAGUCGGAAGAUAUCUUCUCCCGCAUCCACGAAGUCAGCGAAGAUCUAAAGAACGAUGACACAAAUAUGUCGCUGCGUGACCUUGUUACAAACACGACAACGCCGGGGCUUCAUUGGCUCCAUCCCUGGCAUGCUGUGAACUAUGUCGGGAGCUGGUAUUCUGCGACGACAACCACCACCUCAGAAGUACAGGAGGUGAUGCAGCGAGAGUUGAACUUUGAACCCAAAAUGAAGAGCCUUCCGCAGUCGUCAGAGGAGUCAGAGGAUUUUAU